AUGUGGGAGCGCCACGACCCACAGAGUGCUCAUGCGGUGGUGCCUCCCCUCUCCUCCCCUCUCCUCCCCUCUCCUCCCCUCUUCUCCCCUCUCCUCCCCUCUCCUCCCCUCUCCUCCCCUUUCCUCCCCUCUCCUCCCCUCUCCUCCCCUUUCCUCCCCUUUCCUCCCCUCCCCUCCCUUCCUCUCCCCUCCCCUCCCUUCCCCUCCACUCCCCUCCCCUCCCCUCCACUCCCCUCCCCUCCCUUCCCCUCCACUCUCCUCCCCUCCCCUCCCCUCCCCUCCCAUCCCCUCCCCUCCCCUCCCCUUCCCCUCCUUCCCCUCCCCUCCCUUCUCUGCUGCUCACAGCGGGUCGGCAGAGUGACAUGGGCAUGCUCCAUGAUGCCUCGCAUGGCAGCAGCGACACAACAAGAGCUGGUCUGGUCAUCAUGCGGCAGCGCCCCGCAUUGUGGCCUACCAAGUGGCCCCCCGCAACCGCGGCGGGCAGUGCAUGACAACAAGCUGCGGCACUUCCAACACUCGGCUGCCCUCCCAGCCGCCAUGCAGGAUGCGUCGUUCGAGAAACCCGAGCAAGGAGAUGCCCCCUUCCAUGGAGAGUCUGCUUUUUCCCUCCCUCUCUCCCCUCCUCCACCCACCCUCCUUCCGCCCCCCUUCUCACCCCCCGCCCCCCCUGAGAUGCGGGUUGGAGGAGACGACUCAACAUCCCCUCUCAUCUCUUUGCAAACGGUGUUGGAGGAGAUGACAGCGCGCAACGUGCUGGCCAAUGUUUGUGUGUCGACUCAGAUAUUCACCGUUUCCCCACCUCGCCUCGCCCCUCCAGAUGCUGGUAGCGGUGUUGGAGAAGAUGAUAUCGCGCAACGCCACCCCCAUGCACCCACCAUGCGAGCAGGAUGGUACCGCAUCCGCGCUACAGCGCGUGCCUCAUCCCCAUCCUGCACAUGGUGCUCGACAGCCCACCACUUCGCCGCCACGGCCAGGCUGCAGCAGGGGGUAUGUGCAGCAGGACGUUCUUCUUCUGUGCUGCGUGCCUCCACUGCUGCCAACGCCACCGCAGAGGCAGACACCAUCGUCGCCGCUGCCGCCCUCGAGGGCGGCGCCAUGGAUGAUGAUGUGGCUCUGCUCUGA